CUUGUAUUUAUUCCAUUGAAAAGAUCACCUUAUUCUCCCGAAGCCAGUAGUUUGUAAAUAACACAUAUUAGUUGGGCUUCACUGUUUGGCAGACUUGCAGGGGACUUUCCGAUUUAGAGGUAUAAAUAGUUGGUUUCAGUUUCACCCUUAUCAGAUCGAUUGGCUCAUACACGUUCCUAACAGCCUGUCGGGGUCAGAAGCGUUACAGCUUUAUUUUGGACACUUCAAGUUAACUAUUGGAGUCUGUCAAGUCUCUGACGCAGCAAACUCACCUUGUGGAGAGGAAUUCAAUAUCUACGCGUAAUGCAGAAAAUGAGCUACUUCUUCCCCCUGGUUUGCAUUUGCAUGGACGUGUGCGCUGUGCACGCCAUUCGUCUAGCACAGCUCUCACCUCUCCUCCUCUCCCAUCCUUUCAUCACCUUGUGGGGGGGAGCUCUGACCAGGGCCUUCAUCCUGGGUUUUCUUGCCUUCACUUACCCCGGAGGCCUCCCAUGGGUCAGAAGCUUUGAGGGACUUCAAAGCAUCGCCGUCCUUUGCUUCCACUUUCCGGUGUACACCACUCUCCUUUGGCAGCUGGGCCAGUCCACUGUUGAAGAACUGUGGGGAUGGCACUCCUGGGAACGGGUGUUACAGGGCUACGCCGUUACAGCGGUGUCAUGGCUCUACUGGAGUCGAUACAUCUCGUCCUUUAUGACCAGAACUCCAUCACAGAAGAAGGAGAAGAAGCCCGGACCGGACAGUAGAGACUCUCUGAAGAGGCUUAUGGGAUACAUGAUGCCAUAUUCGACUCGCUUCAUUGUGGUGCUGGCUCUGGUUGUUCUCUCAUCUUACGGCGAGAUGGCUAUUCCCCAGUACACUGGUCGUAUGGCAGACUGGAUCAUAAAUGAAGAAGCACCCGAUGCGUUCUCCCAGGCCAUCACAAUCAUGACAGUGUUGACUUUCGCCAGUGCUGUGUUUGAGUUUAUGUGCGACCUGACCUACAACGUCACCAUGAGCCUCAUUCACACCUCAGUGCAGGGAGCCGUUUUCCAGGCCGUUCUGCGGCAGGAGAUCGCUUUCUUUGAUGCCACUCCCACAGGUGAGCUCGUGUCCCGAAUUACCACGGACACCAACGACAUGAGCGAAGCACUGAGCGAGAAGCUGAGUCUCCUGAUGUGGUACACGGCUCGUUUCGCUUUCCUGCUCUACUUCAUGGUCAGCCAGUCGUGGAAAAUGACUCUGCUGACCUGCAUGGGACUUCCCAUCAUCUGGGUCAUCCCUGAGCUCACCGGACAUUUCCACCAGACUAUUGCUGCGAAGGUUCAGGACUCUCUGGCAAAGGCCAACCAGGUGGCCACCGAGACCUUCUCCAACAUGAAGACAGUGAGGAGUUUUGCCAACGAGGACGGAGAGACGGAGAAGUACAGGCAGCGGCUGGACGAAACGUAUUCUCUCAACAAGAAGGAGGCCGUAGCUUACGCCGCUUCUACCUGGGCCAACAGCAUGACCACUUUGGCCUUGAAGGUGUGUAUUUUGUACUAUGGUGGGACCCUGGUGACCCGGGGGGCUGUUAGCAGUGGAGACCUGGUCUCAUUUGUUCUCUAUGAGCUGCAGUUUGCUUCCGCUGUUGAGGCUGUCAUGCGCUACUACCCGGAGGUAAAAAAAGCAAUUGGUGCCUCGGAGAAGAUUUUUGAAUAUCUUGAUAGGAAACCUCAAAUACCUCCUCCUGGCAGUUUGGCUCCUGAGAAUUUCAAAGGACACGUUCAGUUUAAAAAUGUUCGCUUUUCCUAUUCUGGAAAGACUGAUGAGAACAGUCUUGUACUUAAGGAUGUGACUCUGGAGGUAACACCGGGCCAGAUCACUGCACUUGUUGGACUAAACAGAUCAGGGAAGACGACCUGUGUCAAGCUACUUGAGAGGUUUUACCAGCCUCAAUCUGGAGAAAUCCUGCUGGAUGGGAAACCACUGCAAAACUACAAAGACCAGUACCUACAUGAAAAGAUUGCUGUGGUGAGCCAGGAUUGCGUGUUGUUUGCUCGAUCUGUCCGGGAGAACAUCAAGUACGGCUGCGAGGGCGCAUCAGACGAGGACAUGUACAGAGCUGCUGAGCAGGCUAGUGCCCACAAGUUCAUCACUGGACUUUCAAAAGGAUACGACACAGAUGCUGGUGAGAAGGGGGGUCAAGUAUCUGGAGGUCAGAAGCAACGCAUUGCCAUUGCCAGGGCUUUAAUUAGAAAACCGAAAAUCCUGAUCCUGGACAACGCUACUAGUGAUUUGGACACAGAGAAUGAAUACCAGGUCCGUGAAGCUCUGUCAAAGCUGGCAGAGAACUGCUCUGUGCUUAUGAUUUCCAACAAGAUGAGUGUCGCAAAGACAGCCAGUCAUGUCAUUGUCCUGAACAACGGGACAGUGGAGGAGGAGGGCAGUCAUGACGCACUCAUGGAGAAAGGUGGCCUUUAUUCAGAAAUGGUAAAGAAACAGGAAGAGGGCUUCAAACGUCCAACAGACGAAAGCAGUGAUCAGCAGUGACCCGUCUGAGUGAUUGUAAAAUUACUUAAAGUUGGAUGGUUAUUUGGAGUUCAGGUGAAAGUUCAAGCAAAACCUAUGUUGGUAAGAAUGCUCUUAAUAUGAAACAAUACUUCUUACUAAACAUAUUUGCUUGAGUUUGACUCUGUAAGACAAUUGCACCUUGAAAGUGAAAAAAACUACACCUUUAAGAACAGGGUUUUCAUUACCAACAUGUUGUUGAAACCUCUGUUAGCACUGUUUUAUUGUAUGGAUUUAACAGAAAGUCACCCUCUUUGAAAUAGAAAGACAAGAAACAUAAUCUUUUGCUCCCAAAAGCCACAAAACUUAAAGAAUCAUGUAUGUUGAGUGUUUUAUUAUUGUCAAAUUGCCCACUAGAUCCUGCUGCACACACAGCUUUUACGUGGCUGUAAAAACACACGUUAUGCCCUAAAAUAUUGAAUGUGAAAUAUAUUUAUUUUGUACAGAACAGAGAAACUUAAAUGACAAAAAUGGAGAGUUAAGUUAUUCAGGGCUUUUAUUAAUAUUGUUCAUUAGAAAUGGCACAGGAGAAAGUACAGACUUAUCUUAAUUUUAAUCUUGCACUUAAAUAGACAAGGUACAUGCCUGAACUUGUUCUGCUUCACCAACGCUAAGAAAUUCCAUAUCAUGCCUUUGAAACUUUCCAUUUGCAACAUCUUGUGGAAAUAAUUUUGUACGUAUUUUUUUUGCAAAAAAUAGAUUUUCAGGUGCGUUAAAGAACAUCUGUUAAUCCACACAAACAGAAUCUCUUCUGUAGCAGCCAGCUCUCCAAAACAUGGCCCCAGCUAUCCUGUUUAUUCUGUUAAAAAACAGCUGAAGUCCAGCAAACCGUUAUUUCAUUCAUGGUGCAUUUCAGCAUGACACAUCAAAUGUCAAUUAAGAGCAUCAACUGACAUGUUUCAGUCGUGAGAAUCAUUACCUGCUUUGCAGAUGCAGAUUCCCUUAUGAAUCGUUGCGUAAGUGACAACGAUGCAAAAAGUUUAUAGUGUCCAUGACUGUAAACUUUUUGGUUUAUAGUCAUGAAAAUAGCACAAUAUUUUUGACAGCAUAAAAAAAAUGUGGAUUGUCUUGAUCAGAGAUUUUAUUUAACCCCUUAAUUGUCACUUUCAAAAUUCUUACAUGCAAGUCAAUGUGUCCAUGAAGACACUGGUGCCGUCAUGACAUUAAAGGGGAAGGAAAGUAAAAGUCAAACUCAUCUUGCACGGAGUGCAAAAGAAAACCAACCGUUCCUUUAAUGCUACAAAUGCUACUAAGACUAAAAUAUAACCCUAUCUUUUAUCAUUUUCACAACAAAUUUGAGGUCCUGUUAGCCGUCUGUCUUGGACCAGGCCAGCAGGUGGAAAGAUUCCUCUCACGUAACAUUAUGUGGUCAGUUUUUUUCUUUAUAUUUGUUUCUAUGUUUCACAUUUUUGAGCUGGUUACAUGGCACAGUAAAAUAUAUAAAAUGGUUAACAGUGCAACAACUUCAGAAACUCCAUAAUAACAAUCAAAAAACAAAUUUUACAAUAAAAAACUGAAAAAGAAAGUUUUUCUGUUUAAAUUUUUUAGUUUUGCAAUCAUGUUUAUCUAAUCAUCAAUAUCAUUAUGCCUGCAAAUACAAAUGGAAAUAUAUUUUUAAAACACUUCUAACGGAUAAAGAUCACUUGGUGUUCCGUAAGGACAAAGCAUAAAAAUCAAAAACAUUCAUGAAUCACCUCUUAUCACAUGCAUAGUUCUCUAAAGCUGACCAGCAAUGUUGAAAUGUUACUCAGCAGGAACGCUAUCUGAUCAAUAACCUUUCUUUUCAAUCGUGGGUUCAAUUUGAAGCUCUGGGUUCUAUUAUUCUUUUUUUCAAACAUGGGAAUUAUUUCUUCUUUUUUUUUUCUUUAGCUUGGUUGCUUUCCUGCUUCAAAAUCACCCCGAUCACCACUUUAGUUGGAAAAGAGUUUUUAGUGACCUUCAUAAACACUUUUAUCAAGAUAAUAACAAAUACAGUAAUACAUAAAACAAGUAAAAGGCAUUUAAAGGGUAAUUUGUUGAAAGGGACAUUUAAAAACACAUCUGGUGCUUUGAGAAAUCUUUUUUUCCACCUGGUAACAAAAAAGAUGUAAAGAAAUGAUGUCUGUUAUUUUGAAAAGAAUUUGAUUUGUGAGUAUUCUGUUCAUAUGCUUGAGUACAUUUUCUGUCUUUUAUCCAUAUUGCAAAAUUUCUAAAUGUUUUAAUGUGAAAUUAUUUUUGAUGGAUUCAAACAGACAUAUAGCAAUAAACUGUUUUUUUAUUA